GCAUGAUGGGGGAUUUGGAGAUUUCCAUCAUGGCGGCUUCCAUUUCGGGCUACACCUUCAGCGCUGUGUGUUUCCACAGCGCCAACAGCAACGCCGACCACGAAGGGUUUUUGCUGGGAGAGGUCAGGCAAGAGGAAGCCUUCAGCAUCAGCGACUCACAGAUCAGCAACACAGAACUUCUGCAAGUGAUUGAAAUCCAUAACCAUCAACCUUGUUCCAGACUUUUUAGUUUUUAUGACUAUGCAAGCAAAGUUAACGAGGAGAGUCUGGACAGAAUUCUCAAGGACCGCAGAAAGAAAGUUAUCGGGUGGUACAGAUUCCGGCGAAACACGCCACAGCAGAUGUCGUUCAGGGAGCAGGUUGUCCACAAGCAGCUCACCCGCAUCCUCGGGGUUCCCGACCUCGUUUUCCUUCUCUUCAGCUUCAUCUCCACCGCCAACAAUUCUACUCACGCUUUAGAAUACGUUCUCUUUAGACCAAAUCGAAGGUAUAACCAGAGGCUCUCCCUUGCUAUCCCCAACCUGGGCAACACUAGCCAGCAGGAGUACAAGGUGUCUUCAGUGCCAAACACUUCCCAGAGCUAUGCCAAAGUCAUCAAAGAGCACGGUACUGACUUUUUUGAUAAGGAUGGAGUAAUGAAAGACAUCAGGGCAAUUUAUCAGGUUUACAACGCACUGCAGGAGAAAGUGCAGGCGGUGUGUGUAGAUGUGGAAAAGAGUGAGCGAGUUGUGGAAUCUUGUCAGGCAGAAGUGAACAAAUUAAGAAGACAAAUCACUCAGAGGAAAAAUGAAAAGGAACAAGAAAGAAGAUUGCAGCAGGUGAUGGCGAGCCGGCAGAUGCCCUCGGAAAGCCUGGACCCGGCGUGCAGCCCCCGCGCGCCCUACUCCGGCUUUGCCGCUGAAGGCCGAAGUACGUUGGGAGACGCAGAGGCCUGUGAUCCGCCCCCUCCUUACUCUGAUUUUCACCCAAACAAUCAGGAAAGUACUGUGAGCCAUCCUCGCGCAGAGCCUGGCGUCUUCAUGCCUCGACCUCAAGCCGUGGGCUCUUCCAGCUAUGCUUCUGCCAGUGCCGGACUCAAGUCGCGGGGGAACGGGGCAGGCCUCCCUCCCUCCCCACGAGCAGCAGGAGACAGUGCUGAAGAGUCAGACGACAGUGAUUAUGAAAAUUUGAUUGACCCUACAGAGCCUGCGGAGGGCGACUACUCACAAUCGCGGGAUUCCCGCCCCGGGACACAUCCUGACGGGGGCUCCAGGAACACUCAGGCCUCCCAGAUUUAACGGAACCACAGAAACUCUCCACUCCAAGCUGUUUUUCUUAAUCACUCAUUGAGAGAGUUUCUUGAGGACUUAAUCUGAGGGAAGAACCGCUUUCUCGGACCCCGGGGCUCCCAGGAGGAGCGCCCUGGGGCCUAGGACUGAAAGGAGCCUCUCGCCCACGGGGCCACCCUUGGACACGGUGGUCAGUUGUCACAUGCGAAUCAUUGAGAUAAUCAAAUUGUCCUAAUUCUGGUGCGGUUCAUGGGUGUACUGGUCAACUUAGGCAAAGUGCGACUUAUCAGUGUAGUUUCUGUUCUUUAAAUAAAUUGGAAAUUAGAGACUAAGCACAAUUAGUCUAUAAUGUUCUAUAAAUCAAAAACUUACCUCUUGCACUAUCAUGCCUUGAAAUUUACUUUUUCAAAGGGAAACUAGUCUAGCUGCAGCCUUCAAAGAAACUCCUUUCUAUGAUGAGCCAAAUUCAUCUUUGCCAGAAAAGAAAUUUUGAUAAUUCCACAAAGCCUGAUUGGAACAAAUCCCACCACCCUCCUGUCUGCAUGACGUUGUAAGGUCGAAAGAGAGGGCUUCGUGUCAACUGUUUCCUACCAGCCCAAAUGUAUUGUCACUAGAAAUGGUUGCCUUUAAGAAAAGAAUGGUAGAAAUGCUAAUUACCCAUAAGUCAUCAUCCAAAUAGGUAUGUCAUACAAUAACGACUUAUUUUCCUUCGGGGGAAUGACAGAGACUGGGAUGCUGCACUGGCCACGUUGGUGGCCUCUGUCCUGAAGCGUCAGUGAAGGGCCGCAGCAGUGACGGCGGAAGGGAGCCACCGCCGGAGCCCGGCUUUCCAGCGAGCAGCGCCAGGCACGGUGGAUUUAGCGGAUUCAGACAUAAGGGAUAGAACUCACUUAGCUCUUCUGACACAUCCUAGUGUUAAUUUUAUUUGUGGAGGAAAGACGUUGAUUAAACUGUUUGGGAAUCUUGAUUAAUAAAGAUUCGUUUCAAAUCUGAACACCCAUCCGUUUUCUUUAAGUUGCCACUUGGACAAUAACUGUGGAUUGUCUGGAGGUUUUCUCUGGGGGUGCGCUUGCAGUCCUAAGGAAUUGCUGCCGGUUCCCCAGCGAGGCCCAGAAUGUGAAGGCGCAGUGGCAGCAGGAGCACGUGCGCUUGGCCUGCCCACGCAGCGGCCUCUGGCGCUCCUCAGCCAGAGACAAGCGCUUUGGGGUGUCACUGCCUUUCCUUGGAGCUGGUUCAGCCCCGUAAGAAUUAAGAAUGAGGAAGCUGUUCAAGAUCGGCUCAGUAGCUUGGUCUCACAGGAGAGGAGUUUGCUCGCCAAGCGCAGCUCCAGUCCGAAACUGGAGGCGUCGUGUGGUCUGAACGAGGGAACACAACGCGCGGUUCUUCAGACGGCGCGGGUGGUGGCCCAGGCAUCUGGGGUUCUCGGGCCUCACACCGCUGCCCUGUGACUGGAAUGUGCAGACCAGACCCGGUCAGCCACCUGAAGCGGCUUCAGCACCCGUGUGGAUUUACUUUGUUUUUGAAGUGCCAUCGCCAUCUCCUCUGUUCUGAUGUUGACAUUCAGGAAAAUAUUUUUAUUUUUAUGCCAUAUUGAAAUCUACAAUGUAUCAGACAAAGCAGUUAAAUGUGACAAUAAAAAUGUAUUUAAUCAUG